UAAAAAAGUGUUAUCUACUGUUUAAAUUGUUUUUAUGUAUUAACAAAUCAACAGUGUAUAUUUCGAUAUACAACGAACACAAUGCCUAUACGAGAAUUAUCCAAAGAGCUACAAGAAGUAGCAAUUAAAGAAUUAAAUGAAGAUCCACAACGAAUUCAGAGUGACCUCGCGUACAUUAAAGAAUGGCUUUCUAAACAACCACACCUUAAAGCUAGAACAGAUGAUCAAUUUUUAAUUGCGUUUCUACGAGGUACCAAAUUUAGCUUAGAACGAACAAAAGAAAAGCUCGAUAUGCAUUAUACCUUAAAAACUAUUACACCUGAAAUAUACCAUAACCGUGAUCCUUUUGCUCCAGAAGUGCAAAAAAUUUUAAAACUUGGAGUGAUGCUCCCACUACCAAAAUUAAUUAGUCCUGAUGGUCCACGACUUUCACUUGCUAGAAAUGGACUUAUGGAAAAACACAAAAUCGAACAAGCUGAUAUUUUCAAAGUUAGUACAAUGAUGCAAGACAUUUUGCUUCUUGAAGAUGACAAUCUGGCUGUUUCUGGGUUUAUGAUGGUUCAGGAUAUGUCUGACAUGUCUUUAGGUUUUGUGAAGUCUUUGUCUAUUUCCCUAACUAAAAAAGCAAUGACCUGUUUUCAACACGGUUACCCAAACCGAAUUAAAGGAGGACAUAGCUUUAAUAUAACUGGAGUAUUUGAAGUACUGUUUAAUAUGAUUAAACCUUUUUUAACAGAAAAGUUGAAAAGAAGGAUGUGUGUUUAUGACACGUUGGAGGAAUUAUAUAAGGUAAUUCCAAGGGAAGUACUACCAGAGGAAUAUGGUGGACAAGGUGGUAAAAUUGAGGACAUUGCAGCUUAUUGGAAAGCUAAGAUAGAAAGUUAUCGAGAUUGGUUUGUGGAAGAUGAAAAAUACGGAACAGACGAAAAGAAACGACCUGGAAAACCGAAAACGGCUGAAUCUGUGUUUGGUUUAGAAGGAUCUUUCAGGCAGUUGGCAGUGGAUUAGCAGAGAUCAAAAGUUUCUUAUCUUAUCAUUGUACCUUGGUAUAAUAAAGAUAAAUAUUUUAAACGA